AUGCCGCCGAUGGCAUUCUUGCGUCGCUGUUUGGAGAGCCGAGCUAACCACCAUGUUCGACGACGACUGCAGGCGACUACCGAGUCCUUCCUCUCCAAUGCCCAGAACCUCCAGAAGUUCCUGACUCUGGACCAAAGGGGGAAGAUCAUGGCCGAGUACAUCUGGAUUGAUGCUGAAGGUGGUACCCGUUCCAAGUCGAGAACACUCGACGAGAAGGAGGGCGGCUACACUCCGGAUGAUCUUCCCAUCUGGAACUUCGAUGGUUCCUCCACCGGCCAGGCCCCCGGCGACAACUCGGACGUCUACCUGAAGCCCGUAGCGGUUUUCCCCGAUCCGUUCCGUCUCGGCAACAACAUUCUCGUCCUUUCCGAGUGCAUCGACAACGAUGGCAACCCCAACAAGUAUAACUUCCGUCAUGAGACCGCCAAGCUGAUGGAGGCUCACGCCGCUCACGAGCCCUGGUUCGGCCUUGAGCAAGAAUACACUCUCCUCGACCUCAACGAUCGUCCCUAUGGCUGGCCCAAGAACGGUUUCCCCGCCCCUCAGGGUCCUUACUACUGUGGUGUGGGUGCCGGCAAGGUUGUGCAGCGUGACAUCGUCGAGGCUCACUACCGUGCCUGUCUGUACGCCGGUGUGAAGAUCUCUGGUACCAAUGCCGAGGUGAUGCCCGCCCAGUGGGAGUUCCAGGUCGGCCCCUGCCUCGGUAUCGAGAUGGGUGACCACCUCUGGCUUGCCAGAUUCCUUCUGCACCGCAUUGCCGAGGAGUUCGGCGCCAAGGUCUCCGUCCACCCCAAGCCUAUUCCUGGCGACUGGAACGGUGCUGGUCUCCACUCCAACUUCUCUACCAAGGAGAUGCGUCAAGAGGGCGGCAUGAAGUACAUCGAGGCUGCUAUCGAGAAGCUCGGCAAGAGGCACCAAGAGCAUAUCGCCGUCUACGGCGAGGACAACGAGAAGCGUCUCACCGGCAGACACGAGACUGGUGCUAUCGAUCAGUUCUCGUAUGGUGUUGCCAACCGUGGCUGCUCUAUCCGCAUUCCAAGAGAAUGCGCCGCUAAGGGCUACGGCUACUUCGAGGAUCGUCGCCCAGCCUCCAACGCUGACCCUUACCAGAUUACUGGCAUCAUCAUGGAGACUUGCUUCGGUGCUGUAUAA